AUGUUCAGAAACAAUUACGACGGGGACACAGUCACUUUUUCUCCUACUGGCCGUCUUUUCCAAGUAGAAUACGCCUUAGAGGCUAUCAAACAAGGGAGCGUUACUGUGGGGCUACGUUCGAACACUCAUGCAGUUUUGGUAGCGUUGAAAAGAAAUGCAGAUGAAUUGUCAUCAUACCAGAAAAAGAUCAUUAAAUGUGACGAUCACAUGGGACUCUCGUUAGCAGGGCUAGCUCCGGACGCCAGGGUUUUAAGUAAUUAUUUGAGACAACAAUGUAAUUAUUCUAGCUUGGUUUUUAACAGGAAGCUUGCUGUUGAGAAAGCAGGAUACCUGCUUUGUGAUAAAGCGCAAAAAAAUACACAAUCUUAUGGGGGUAGACCUUACGGUGUUGGUUUGUUGAUUAUAGGAUAUGACAAGAGCGGUGCUCAUCUUCUAGAAUUCCAACCUUCUGGGAAUGUAAUGGAACUAUACGGUACGGCUAUUGGUGCAAGAAGCCAAGGGGCAAAAACCUAUUUAGAGAGAACUUUAGAUACGUUCAUAAAAAUUGACGGGAACCCAGAUGAACUGAUCAAAGCUGGCAUAGAGGCCAUCAGUCAGUCAUUAAGGGACGAAUCUUUGACAGUAGACAACCUUUCGAUCGCCAUCGUGGGCGAGAAUAUGCCUUUUACGAUUUAUGAUGGAGAGGCCGUUGCUAAAUACAUCUAG